AUGAGUGAUCCUCGCGACCCCGACCUCGAAUCCGACGAGGAAGAGGACUUUAAUCCAGCACCUGCUGACAUUAGCGACGAAGAGCAGGAUGAUCAACCAAAACAGCAGUCACGAAAAUCCUCACCUCCUCGAAAUGGAGGCGAUAAUGAAGAUGAAGACGAAGAUGAAGAUGCUGAGGAUGUCAUAGGAAAUGACGACGAUGAUGAGGAUGAAGAAGAAGAUGACGAAGAGGACGAGGAGAUUCAAGGUCAUCGUCGCAAGCGUCGUCGCGACAGACGAAACGCGUUCAUCGAUAUAGAAGCUGAAGUCGAUGAUGAAGAUGAAGGCGAAGAUGAUGAAGAGGCUGCAGAAGAGAAUGAGGGAUUUAUCGAGCACGAAGAAGGAGGCGAUUUUGGCGAACAAAGCCGACUAGAUGAUGAUCGACGACAUCGUGAGCUCGACCGACAGCGUGACGCUGUUACACAAGAAGAUCUAGAGCGUGCGGCCGAAGGCUACGUACGCAAAUAUGGAAACCGUCGCACUGCUAAGGGCAUGGGCGAUUCUGCAAUCAUUCCUCAGAGGCUACUCCUACCAAGCGUGGAUGACCCGGGUAUCUGGGGUGUGCGAUGCAAGGAAGGCAAGGAGCGCGAGGUAGUCCAAGCCAUUACGAAGAGAAUAGCCGAACGCUGGAAUACCAAGGACCAGCUAGCUGUUACCGGUGUCUUCGAACGAGGCGGACCUAACUCUAUCUUGAAGGGCCUGAUAUACGUGGAAGCCCCUCGGCAGACAGACGUGAUGAUGGCACUCGAGGAUAUGAUGAACGUAUACCCUCGUACCAAAAUGCUUCUUGUUGACAUCAAGGAGAGACCUGAUUUAUUAAGGGUUCAGAAGACACCUACUCUAGAGCCUGGUGCUUGGGUACGACUCCGCAGACCUGCCAAACAUGCCGGCGAUCUCGCACAAGUUCUUGAUAUCACAGAGAACGGCCUUGAUGCUAGAGUGCGCUUCAUACCAAGACUCGACUAUGGACUACGAGAUGAGUCAAUGUCUUUGACAGCCGAUAAGAAACGACGACGCCCAGUUGCAGGUCCACGACCCCCUCAGAGGCUAUUCAGCGAAGUCGAAGCGAGGAAGAGACACCCCCGUACGCUUCAGUAUAGCAGCCAAACCAAUACCUGGAAUUACAAUGGCGACGAAUUUGAAAAGGGCUUUCAGGUUAAGGACAUCAAAAUCCAGCACCUGGUUGUCAGCGAUGUGAACCCGACGCUAGAAGAGGUUACGAGAUUUGCCUCUGGAGGCGAAGAUGGGGUUGAAAAUAUCGAUCUCAAAUCGCUCGCCGCUAGUCUUAAAGAUAGCAAUGCAAACGUCGCGUAUCUCCCAGGCGACGUAGUAGAGGUAUACGAGGGCGAGCAGAAGGGUGUAGUCGGCAAAGCUACAAAUGUCCAGGCGGAUAUUGUUACAAUCUCGGUCACUGAAGGUGAUCUUGCUGGACAGACUAUCGAGGUACCUACGAAAGGCCUUCGCAAACGAUUCCGAACCGGUGAUCAUGUCAAGGUCAUUGGCGGUAGUCGAUAUCGCGAUGAGGUCGGUAUGGUCGUGAACAUUUCUGAAGAUCGUGUCACCCUUUUAACCGACCAAACCACUACUGAAAUUACUGUAUUCAGUAAAGAUCUCAGAGAGGCCAGCGAUAUUGGUGGCCAGGGAUCCUUGGGCCAAUACUCAUUACUUGACUUGGUUCAACUUGAUCCUAUGACGGUCGGUUGCAUUGUCAAAGUAGACCGAGAGACGUUGGUUGUAUUGGACCAGAAUGGCGAUACGAGACAGGUUAUGCCUUCACAAAUCGCUAACAAGCUACCAAAGCGAAAGCUCGCCGUGGCCGCCGACCGCAACGGUUCUGAAAUUAGGCCGGAUGACGUUGUCAAGGAAUACGGUGGCAUGGGUCGGCAAGGCAAGAUCGUUCACAUCCACCGCACUUACGUGUUUUGUCACACGAACGACACCACAGAGAACGCUGGUAUUUUUGUAUCCAAGGUUAACAACGUGUCCACGAUUUCAGCAAAGGGUGGUCGUGUUAACGCUGGUGGUUCUGGGCCGGACUUGACGGUUAUGAACCCUGCAAGAAAGCUGAACCCAAAUGGUGGCCGAAGCGAUAUGCCACCACCCAAGGCCUCAUUCGGGCGUGACAAGCUGAUUGGUCAAACGGUCACGAUUAGAAAGGGUGGUUACAAGGGCGUGCUUGGUCGUGUCAAAGAUACUACCGAUACGCAUGCUCGCGUGGAAAUGCAUAGUAAGGGUAAAGUCAUUAGCGUGCUCAAGAGCGAUAUCACGGUUCGUGAUAGUGUUACUGGGCGUGAAAUCAAAAACUACGACACCCGCCGUCCAGGUCAAGGAGGACUUCCCGGAAGACCUGCUCAAGGGAAUUCAGAUUGGAGCGGAGGUCGCACUCCUGUGGGUGGAGCCUCAUCACGAACUCCCGCCUGGAAGACGCCGUCCGCAGGAGCAAGUGGUGGACGCACCCCUGCGUGGAGUAAAGGCGGUGACGGCGGUCGAACGCCAGCGUGGGCUGAUGGCUCCCGCACUGUCAAUCCUUAUGAUGGCAGCAGAACUUCUUAUGGUUCUGGUAAUCGCACGCCUGCUUGGUCUUCGGGCGCUAAAACACCAGCACCUGAUCACUUUAGUCACGGGUCCAAGACACCCGCGUACAGUGGUGGUAGCGGUGACAACUGGGGUUCAAAGACACCUUACGGUGCUUCCGCGGCCACUCCAGGAGCUAGUGGAAAUGAUACUUGGGGUUACACUCCUGGUGCAAGUGGAUCGUCGAAUGCCUACGAUGCGCCAACCCCUGGUGCUGGUCUUCUGGGUGCUCCCACGCCUGGUGCCAUGAAUGCCCCGACUCCUGGUGCCUACAACGCGCCUACACCUGGUGCUAUGAAUGCGCCCACCCCCGGUGCUGGCUGGCAAGGUGGAUGGGGAGCUGACUCGGCGCCCACACCUGCUGCUACUGCCCCGACACCAGCAGCAAGCGGCUUCGCCUCCUCAAGCGGAUACUACGGAGCGCCCACCCCUGGCGCCUAUAAUGCAGAGACACCCGCAGCAGGCCCCCGAUACACCGACGACGACUAG